AGCGUCUGGUAGUCUCAGCGAGAAGUAAACUUUUUGUCAGUCUUUUUGCCUCAUCCCGCCUCACCCAGCACAAAUAUUUCUGUUCCUCCAGGACCUCAUUUAUUCUGCAUCACGUAUCGGUGUCCGUUUCCGCAUUUGCACUCCGUGACCUUUUACCUAUGUGUGACGUUUUUUGCCCAACAAGAGAGUCUAAGUAAGUCUUCUAAGCUGUAGAUGUGGCCCUGGCCACCAUUAGCAGCUGCGUUCUUGGACCUUCCGUAAAACUACCCCCGUAGUUAGAUCAUCAUAGAGACUCUAAGUUACAGCAGGAGCAGCUGCACGACCAGAAAGUACGUAGCUCAUAACAACCCGCGCCACAUCAACACCUACUUCUUCGUCAAAAUGUCCUUCCUCCAGACGCUGGAGGACAUGAAGAAGUCCGGGGUUCCGGCCAGCUGGCGCCCCCUGAUCCAGAAGGACUACGUCUACGCCGUUUCCUGUUGGUUCUACGCGCUGAUCUACCUCUUCUGGAACGAUCCCGAGCUCAUCGCCCGCAAACUCCCCAUCAUGAACCACCUCGGCCUCUGCCAACUCGCCCCGUACUACUGGUUCCUCCAGGCCUGGGUCUCCUUCUGGUCGGACUAUUUGGAGCUCGCAAGGCCGAGCUGGAUAUCCUGUGCAAAAGUAUCGUACUCGUACAAGUGCAAGCUUAGCAUUACAAAUCUUGUUUCCACCGCAAAUCUGCAUUACAAAUUUUAUUUCUCAUGCUGAGGAAAUUUGCAAUGCAUUUAUACGAGUGCGAUACUUUUUGCACAGGAUACUGGAGCCACUUCGUCGACACGGUGUUUGCGGUGCUGGGGAGCUACUUGUACCUCUACGUGGCGUUGUUCGAGCGAGUUCUGGACCUGUUCAGCGGGUUUUGCGGGAUCAUGGGAGUGGUGCACGCGUAUUUCGCGUUUGCGAUGUCGAGGUAUUACCGAAGAGUGGAACCAAAUCCGAAAAAAUACGCGCAGUGGCACAUCCAGUGGCAUAUAUCGUUUCCGCUGUGGACGUCGGUACUGCUUGUUACUACUUCGGAGGUCGUGUGUUUCUACUUGUAUGUAAUUGCAGAAAUAUACUAAAUUGCCACUGUGUUUCCCCUGUUCUGUCAUGCGUGAUCUACUCGCUCACCAAACAAAAAUAAAACACACCAGCUCCUUGGUUGGAACCAGCAGCGGCUCCCGGACCCAGAAAUUCCGUGGUACCCGCAUCCGCUCUACUCGUACUGGAUUCCAAUGCUGACGUGUUUGUUCCUGGUGUGGAAAACGAGGUCAACGGCGGUGGGAGAAAAGAUUGAAAACACGAUCGAGAUUGGAAAAGGAAAAAGUAAUACGAACAAAAACAAUACCUUAUGCUCGGCUGCAGAUAACGACAUCACGCCAAGAACAUGCUCCGUCAAAAGCAGCGACAGCACCACCUGCUCCACCUGCACUGAGGUGGAUGACGAAGAGGGGAAGAAGAAAUAA